AUCGUAAUCAACAGAGCCCUUGAGUACUUUGGUCACAGUAACCCGCUACAAGACGCAAGCUGCUGCAGUGAAGGCAGCCUGACCGGCGGGGCGGCAAGGCGCGGCGUUCCAUUCUCCAAUCAGAGGCCGUAGAUUUCGAGGGCUUGACCCGCUUCCUGCUCAAAAUUUUUGUGGUCUGUGGUGGGAUCCACUUAAAUUCUGCCUCUGCUCUCUUUACCCCACCAACCUGCCUCGCCCCUCCUCCUCUUGCCCUUAAAAACUUCAACCCCUCCAGAAAUUCUUGACUUCCUCUCCCUCUUACUUCCUCCGUCGGCAUACCUGAUUCGAGCAAUCUUACUGCCACUUCACGUAUCCCUCAAACUUUUCGAUCUGUGAUCGCAAAACCGUCAAAAUGGGCAAGGAGGACAAGACUCACAUCAACGUCGUCGUUAUCGGCCACGUCGAUUCCGGCAAGUCGACCACCACUGGUCACUUGAUCUACAAGUGCGGUGGUAUUGACAAGCGUACCAUCGAGAAGUUCGAGAAGGAAGCUGCUGAGCUCGGCAAGGGCUCCUUCAAGUAUGCCUGGGUUCUUGACAAGUUGAAGGCCGAGCGUGAGCGUGGUAUCACCAUCGAUAUUGCCCUCUGGAAGUUCGAGACCCCCAAGUACUAUGUCACCGUCAUCGAUGCCCCCGGCCAUCGUGAUUUCAUCAAGAACAUGAUUACUGGUACUUCCCAGGCCGAUUGCGCCAUUCUCAUCAUUGCCGCCGGUACUGGUGAGUUCGAGGCUGGUAUCUCCAAGGAUGGCCAGACCCGUGAGCACGCUCUCCUCGCCUACACCCUCGGUGUGAAGCAGCUCAUCGUCGCCAUCAACAAGAUGGACACCACCAAGUGGUCCGAGGCCCGCUUCAACGAGAUCAUCAAGGAGACCUCCAACUUCAUCAAGAAGGUCGGCUACAACCCCAAGACUGUUGCCUUCGUCCCCAUUUCCGGUUUCAACGGCGACAACAUGCUUGAGGCUUCCACCAACUGCCCCUGGUACAAGGGCUGGGAGAAGGAGGUCAAGGGUGGCAAGGCCACCGGCAAGACCCUCCUUGAGGCCAUCGACUCCAUCGAGCCCCCCAAGCGUCCCACCGACAAGCCCCUCCGUCUUCCCCUCCAGGACGUCUACAAGAUCGGCGGUAUCGGCACAGUCCCUGUCGGCCGUAUCGAGACUGGUGUCCUCAAGCCCGGUAUGGUCGUUACCUUCGCUCCUUCCAACGUCACCACUGAAGUCAAGUCCGUCGAGAUGCACCACGAGCAGCUCGCUGAGGGUGUCCCCGGUGACAACGUUGGUUUCAACGUGAAGAACGUCUCCGUCAAGGAAAUCCGCCGUGGCAACGUUGCCGGUGACUCCAAGAACGACCCCCCCAUGGGCGCCGCCUCUUUCGAUGCCCAGGUCAUCGUCCUCAACCACCCCGGCCAGGUCGGUGCUGGUUACGCCCCCGUCCUCGAUUGCCACACUGCCCACAUCGCCUGCAAGUUCUCUGAGCUCCUGCAGAAGAUCGACCGCCGUACUGGUAAGGCCGUUGAGGAGAGCCCCAAGUUCAUCAAGUCUGGUGAUGCUGCCAUCGUCAAGAUGGUUCCCUCCAAGCCCAUGUGCGUUGAGGCUUUCACUGAGUACCCUCCCCUCGGUCGUUUCGCCGUCCGUGACAUGCGUCAGACCGUCGCUGUCGGUGUCAUCAAGAAGGUCGAGAAGGCCGCUGCUGGUUCCGGCAAGGUCACCAAGUCCGCUGCCAAGGCUGGCAAGAAAUAA